AUGGCUAAGGAGGAGGAGCUGAAGAUUGCAGGGAUGACUGCAGUGGAAGGGCUGGAAACAGAGCUGGCGGAGGAGCUAGAGCUAAUGGAAGGGGAGAAGGUGGAAACAGGUAAGGUAGAGCUGAUGGCUAAGGAUGAGAAGGAGGAGCUGAAGAUUACAGGGAUGACUGCAGUGGAAGGGCAGGGAACAGAGCCGAUGGAGGAGCUGGACCUAAUGGAAGAUGAGGAGGUUGAGACAGGAAAGAUAGAGCUGAUGGCUAAGGAGGAGGAGGAGGAGCUGAAGAUUGCAGGGAUGACUGCAGUGAAAGGGCUGGAAACAGAGCUGGUGGAGGAGCUGGAGCUAAUGGAAGGGGAGAAGGUGGAGACAGGGAAGGUAGAGCUGAUGGCUAUGGAGGAGGAGGAGCUGAAGAUGGCAGAGAUGACUGCAGUAGAAGGGCUGGGAGCAGAUCCGGUGGAGGAGCUGGAGCUAAUGGAAGGGGAGGAGAUGGCUCAGACAGGAAAGGCAGAGCUGACAGCUAAGGAGGCGGAGGAGGAGCUGAAGAUUGCAGGGAUGACUGCAGUGGAAGGGCAGGGAACAGAGCUGGUGGAGGAGCUGGAGCUAAUGGAAGAUGAGGAGGUUGAGACAGGAAAGAUAGAGCUGAUGGCUAAGGAGGAGGAGGAGCAGCUGAAGAUUGCAGGGAUGACUGCAGUGGAAGGGCUGGAAACAGAGCUGGCGGAGGAGCUGGAGCUAAUGGAAGGGGAUAAGGUGGAGACAGGGAAGGUAGAGCUGAUGGCUAUGGAGGAGGAGGAGCUGAAGAUGGCAGAGAUGACUGCAGUAGAAGGGCUGGGAACAGAGCCGGUGGAGGAGCUGGAGCUAAUGGAAGGGGAGAAGGUGGAGACAGGGAAGGUAGAGCUGAUGGCUAUGGAGGAGGAGGAGCUGAAGAUGGCAGAGAUGACUGCAGUGGAAGGGCUGGAAACAGAGCUGGCGGAGGAGCUAGAGCUAAUGGAAGGGGAGAAGGUGGAAACAGGUAAGGUAGAGCUGAUGGCUAAGGAUGAGAAGGAGGAGCUGAAGAUUGCAGGGAUGACUGCAGUGAAAGGGCUGGAAACAGAGCUGGUGGAGGAGCUGGAGCUAAUGGAAGGGGAGAAGGUGGAGACAGGGAAGGUAGAGCUGAUGGCUAUGGAGGAGGAGGAGCUGAAGAUGGCAGAGAUGACUGCAGUGGAAGGGCUGGAAACAGAGCUGGCGGAGGAGCUAGAGCUAAUGGAAGGGGAGAAGGUGGAAACAGGUAAGGUAGAGCUGAUGGCUAAGGAUGAGAAGGAGGAGCUGAAGAUUGCAGGGAUGACCGCAGUGGAAGGGCUGGGAACAGAGCCGAUGGAGGAGCUGGAGCUAAUGGAAGAUGAGGAGGUUGAGACAGGAAAGAUAGAGCUGAUGGCUAAGGAGGAGGAGGAGGAGCUGAAGAUUGCAGGGAUGACUGCAGUGGAAGGGCUGGAAACAGAGCUGGCGGAGGAGCUAGAGCUAAUGGAAGGGGAGAAGGUGGAGACAGGAAAGAUAGAGCUGAUGGCUAAAGAGGAGGAGGAGGAGCUGAAGAUUGCAGGGAUGACUGCAGUGGAAGGGCUGGAAACAGAGCUGGUGGAGGAGCUGGAGCUAAUGGAAGGGGAUAAGGUGGAGACAGGGAAGGUAGAGCUGAUGGCUAUGGAGGAGGAGGAGCUGAAGAUGGCAGAGAUGACUGCAGUAGAAGGGCUGGGAACAGAGCCGGUGGAGGAGCUGGAGCUAAUGGAAGGGGAGGAGAUGGCUCAGACAGGAAAGGCAGAGCUGACAGCUAAGGAGGCGGAGGAUGAGCUGAAGAUUGCAGGGAUGACUGCAGUGGAAGGGCAUGGAACAGAGCCGGUGGAGGAGCUGGAGCUAAUGAAAGAUGAAGAGGUUGAGACAGGGAAGGUAGAGCUGAUGGCUAAGGAUGAGAAGGAGGAGCUGAAGAUUGCAGGGAUGACUGCAGUGGAAGGGCAGGGAACAGAGCCGAUGGAGGAGCUGGAGCUAAUGGAAGAUGAGGAGGUUGAGACAGGAAGGAUAGAGCUGAUGGCUAAGGAGGAGGAGCUGAAGAUUCUGGUGGAGGAGCUGGAGCUAAUGGAAGGGGAGAAGGUGGAGACAGGGAAUGUAGGGCUGAUGGCUAUGGAGGAGGAGGAGCUGAAGAUGGCAGAGAUGACUGCAGUAGAAGGGUUGGGAGCUGAGCCGGUGGAGGAGCUGGAGCUAAUGGAAGGGGAGGAGAUUGCUCAGACAGGAAAGGCAGAGCUGACAGCUAAGGAGGCGGAGGAGGAGCUGAAGAUUGCAGGGAUGACUGCAGUUGAAGGGCAGGGAACAGAGCCGAUGGAGGAGCUGGAGCUAAUGAAAGAUGAAGAGGUUGAGACAGGAAAGGUAGAGCUGAUGGCUAAGGAGGAGAAGGAGGAGCUGAAGAUUGCAGGGAUGACUGCAGUGGAAGGGCUGGAAACAGAGCUGGUGGAGGAGCUAGAGCUAAUGGAAGAUGAGGAGGUGGAGACAGGGAAUGUAGAGCUGAUGGCUAAGGAGGAGAAGGAGGAGCUGAAGAUUGCAGGGAUGACUGCAGUGGAAGGGCUGGAAACAGAGCUGGUGGAGGAGCUGGAGCUAAUGGAAGGGGAGAAGGUGGAGACAGGGAAGGUAGAGCUGAUGGCUAUGGAGGAGGAGGAGCUGAAGAUGGCAGAGAUGACUGCAGUAGAAGGGCUGGGAGCAGAUUCGGUGGAGGAGCUGGAGCUAAUGGAAGGGGAGGAGAUGGCUCAGACAGGAAAGAUAGAGCUGAUGGCUAAGGAGGAGGAGGAGCAGCUGAAGAUUGCAGGGAUGACUGCAGUGGAAGGGCUGGAAACAGAGCUGGCGGAGGAGCUGGAGCUAAUGGAAGGGGAUAAGGUGGAGACAGGGAAGGUAGAGCUGAUGGCUAUGGAGGAGGAGGAGCUGAAGAUGGCAGAGAUGACUGCAGUAGAAGGGCUGGGAACAGAGCCGGUGGAGGAGCUGGAGCUAAUGGAAGGGGAGGAGGUUGAGACAGGAAAGAUAGAGCUGAUGGCUAAGGAGGAGGAGGAGGAGCUGAAGAUUGCAGGGAUGACUGCAGUGAAAGGGCUGGAAACAGAGCUGGUGGAGGAGCUGGAGCUAAUGGAAGGGGAGAAGGUGGAGACAGGGAAGGUAGAGCUGAUGGCUAUGGAGGAGGAGGAGCUGAAGAUGGCAGAGAUGACUGCAGUGGAAGGGCUGGAAACAGAGCUGGCGGAGGAGCUAGAGCUAAUGGAAGGGGAGAAGGUGGAAACAGGUAAGGUAGAGCUGAUGGCUAAGGAUGAGAAGGAGGAGCUGAAGAUUGCAGGGAUGACCGCAGUGGAAGGGCUGGGAACAGAGCCGAUGGAGGAGCUGGAGCUAAUGGAAGAUGAGGAGGUUGAGACAGGAAAGAUAGAGCUGAUGGCUAAGGAGGAGGAGGAGGAGCUGAAGAUUGCAGGGAUGACUGCAGUGGAAGGGCUGGAAACAGAGCUGGCGGAGGAGCUAGAGCUAAUGGAAGGGGAGAAGGUGGAGACAGGAAAGAUAGAGCUGAUGGCUAAAGAGGAGGAGGAGGAGCUGAAGAUUGCAGGGAUGACUGCAGUGGAAGGGCUGGAAACAGAGCUGGUGGAGGAGCUGGAGCUAAUGGAAGGGGAUAAGGUGGAGACAGGGAAGGUAGAGCUGAUGGCUAUGGAGGAGGAGGAGCUGAAGAUGGCAGAGAUGACUGCAGUAGAAGGGCUGGGAACAGAGCCGGUGGAGGAGCUGGAGCUAAUGGAAGGGGAGGAGAUGGCUCAGACAGGAAAGGCAGAGCUGACAGCUAAGGAGGCGGAGGAUGAGCUGAAGAUUGCAGGGAUGACUGCAGUGGAAGGGCAUGGAACAGAGCCGGUGGAGGAGCUGGAGCUAAUGAAAGAUGAAGAGGUUGAGACAGGGAAGGUAGAGCUGAUGGCUAAGGAUGAGAAGGAGGAGCUGAAGAUUGCAGGGAUGACUGCAGUGGAAGGGCAGGGAACAGAGCCGAUGGAGGAGCUGGAGCUAAUGGAAGAUGAGGAGGUUGAGACAGGAAGGAUAGAGCUGAUGGCUAAGGAGGAGGAGCUGAAGAUUGCAGGGAUGACUGCAGUGGAAGGGCUGGAAAAAUAG